AUGCAGGAGGGGGGGGGAUGCAGGAAGGCGCUGGCGCCGAAAGUCACCGGACUGUCACUCUUCGGGCGCGCGGUGCCGAUUUUCCCGACGGAUGCUAAGGCAGUGUUUGACCUCGCUGCGGCGCAGAAUGGGGGCGUGGCGCUGUCGUGUAGUGAUGAGCAUUUUGGGGUGAUUUCGAACCUGCUGUUGCCAGGGAGGGGGAAGGAUACGGGUGAUGGGUGGGAGACGAAGAGGACGAGGGGGGAGCAUGUUGAUUGGGCGAUGGUUAAGCUUGGUGCUAAGGGGACGAUUGAGAGGGUUGUGGUUGAUACGGCGCAUUUUAGGGGGAACUUCCCGCAGAAGGCGAGGGUUGAGGGGCUGAAUUGGGGGGGGGGGAGGGGAGCCGGGGUCGAGCUUGUUGUGCCGAGUAAGACGGGGCCGGAUGCGGUGCAUGAGUUUGUGGCGAUGAAGCUGGUUAUGAUCCCUGAUGGUGGUGACAAGAGACUCCAGGUCUGGGGUGCCAGAGCGACGAACUGAGUGGUUCCGUUGGAGAGAGAAAGAAGGGGAUGGAAUAGGUUGAAGAAAGAUCCUAUCUUGGACUUUAUAGCUAGACUGAUCUGUAUUCAAGGUAAAAUGAAAAGGUAGAAAAAAAC